CGCCCGCCUCCUCGGGCGGCCCCCGGCGCUGUGGUUGGCUGUCAGGCGCGUCGCUCAGAGUGAGUUCGAGGGUCAGAGGGCGCGGAGAGUUCCAGAUGCUGCAAGGCAUUCAAUGGUAGCACUUUUCUCUACCACAGCAACAAGGCUUCGCCUCUGGUUACUCCCAAGAUCAAGAAAUACUCUGCACUUCUUUCUGCUGUUUGGAGUUUCCCAGGGGUGCGGUUCCACUACAACCGGGAAACUGGCGUCCCACGGCUUUGCUUCCAUGGCAGCAAUGUCAUCCUUUCCCCCCCAGAGAUAUCACUACUUCCUAGUGCUGGAUUUUGAAGCCACAUGUGACAAGCCGCAGAUCCAUCCCCAGGAGAUCAUUGAGUUCCCCAUCCUGAAGUUAAAUGGCAGGACAAUGGAGAUUGAAUCCACCUUCCACAUGUAUGUUCAACCGGUGGUCCACUCACAGCUCACACCCUUCUGCACAGAGCUGACUGGAAUUAUUCAAGCCAUGGUGGAUGGACAGCCCAGUCUCCAGCAAGUGCUUGAGAGAGUUGAUGAGUGGAUGGCAAAGGAAGGCCUCUUGGAUCCCAGUGUCAAGUCGAUCUUUGUAACCUGUGGAGACUGGGACUUGAAAGUAAUGUUACCUGGACAAUGCCAGUAUUUAGGACUUCCAGUUGCUGAUUACUUCAAACAAUGGAUUAAUCUUAAAAAGGCAUACAGCUUUGCCAUGGGAAGCUGGCCGAAGAAUGGACUCUUAGACAUGAACAAAGGCCUGAACUUACAGCACAUAGGAAGGCCUCACAGUGGGAUAGAUGACUGCAAGAACAUUGCCAACAUCAUGAAGACAUUGGCCCACAGAGGGUUCAUCUUCAAGCAGACCUCCAAGCCCUUUUGAUCUCUGGGGCCGGCCGGACAGGGCUGCAUGCGGCCGGCUCCUGCUACACGGGCGUGAUGGGCUGGAGCUUUCAACGACAGAAAGAGGACAGAGGAACGAGUAACCCCAUGACUCCGUCAGUUUUGCUGUUCUGCCAGUAGAGGCUGUAUAUAUGGAACUGGAAUCUCUGUGUAGGCCUGACGUGACUCCCUCUCUGGGGCCGGCUGCCUGCCCAGCCUGGCCCAGCCUGCAGCCCCCUAGGGUGCUUGCUCCACAUGGUUAGAGACGUAGAUUGUUUUCCCUUUUGUUGGCUUCUGAUUUCCAUUUGCGUCUUUCUCUCUUUCUCUCUCUCAAGCUUUCUGCUCACAAUUGCGCCUGUAGCAAGACCGUGGCGCCAUGUUCGGGCUCUUGCCCUUAUUAUUUUGAGUACAAUAUCUCAACAGCUGCAGUCAAGCCCCCCUUUCCCUGUGUGAAUCUGUUUUUGUGUCUCCUGCGUGUCAGCUAAAUAUUGACUGAGCAGCAUUUGGACCGGCCCUGCCCCUUCCUUCGGCCUCUCUCCGAUUGCCCAAUCUGUUUUAAAUAAACACUAAUCCUCUGAUUCCUCCUAUAUGUGACUAAGAAAGCUUGGCUCUUUCUGUUCAAGGUAAAGUGCCUGUAUUCCCCGCCCACCAAAAGCCACCCGUCUCCUUGGGCCUUCGUUCAGCAGGGGCUAUCAGAGGGUGGAGCAUCCUGGUUGAUGCUCGUGACCAUGUCCGGCACCUCUUGCACAGUGGUCCCCUGCUCAUGCCUCCUCAGAGCCUGGGUGGCCUUACUGUGCAUCCAUCUGUGCAUGCCCCCCUCCUCCCCAUGUAGCAUGCAGUCCAUUGCGGGCAGUGGACAUGACUGCUAGCCCAGCAGGGGGAUUGUGUUCCCAGUCUCUAUACACUUCCAGAACCUGCAGAUUGACUGAUAGCUCUGCUUCUUCGCCAUUACUAAAACUGACCACCUCGCUCUUCCACAAUGGCUGCAACCAGUCUGUUGCUUGAAAGAUGUGGCCCAUUCUUCCCAUCUGAUUCCCACUGCUCUGGAACAGCACAGGAGGAAGGAGAAUAAAGAAUGGUGCUCCCUCCUCAUUUUGCUGGUUCCCAGAAACCUUCUGCCCUGCUCUUAGCCUUUGCUGAAUGGAUACCCAGGUAGAUAGGCUCCUGCUGCCACCUUCCUGGGAGCCACACCAAGAAGGCUCUGCCCUUGCAGCAGUCAGGCUGUGAGGUGAUACAGGCACUGGGCCUUCCCAGUAAAUAAUGCAUGGUGUGUGGAUGUUCCAGCUGAACCCAACCUGACCUCCUCAUCGGCUCGUUACUCCCAUCCUUGCUGUAAAUGUGCCACAUGAAUAAAGUUUGGGGGAAAGGAA